AUGUAUUGUUGGGAUUGCAAAAGAAGGUUGGUACCAGAGACUAAUUCAGCUUUAUAUCUCUCAAUCUCUUCUAAAGAUGAAAGGAUUUCAUCAAUAGGUCUACUAAGCCCAUAUGAUGAACUUCCAUUUGAUUAUUUAGAGAAAGUCCUUCAAGAAAUCUAUGGCAGAAUUCAUCAUCUUCCAUAUUACAAAUUUGCAUUUAGUGCACACAUAACUUUAGAUGUUGGCUUACCUCCUGCUAAUGUCCAAUCUUUAUUGAAAACUGUAUGUCUAGGAAUUACUAAAAUACCAGCACUAGCAUCAGCUAUUACAAAUUAUGCAUUAAGUCCAGCUAGUACCGUAGGUGAUAAAUGUCCUACAAUUUGUGCUUGUUCAUUACCUUAUAAUUGUGUUAAAAUACGAUUUACAGUAGAGAUAAUAUUGGAUAAUUCUCAAUUUUUACCUACUAUCUCUCUUUUAAGCAAUUCACCUACUUUACCUUUUAAGCAUAACUUAAAAAAACCUAGUACGCUGAUCUUAUCUGUAUUAUUUGCCAAAUUGUUCCCAGAAGUG